AUGCAGGGGCUGGGGAUUGGGACCACUAGAUUCACCUUCACGGGUAGAAGUGGUGCCCGGGCCCGCCGGUCGUGUUGGCGGCAGCAGCAGCAGCUCCCCGGGGACGCGUUUCUCCCUUCAGGGCCUCUCUCGGGCCCGCCACAUCGCUUUGCCAGCCCCGUCCCUCAGCCCGGGCUGCCCGUGCCCCUCUCGGCUCCCCUGGGGACGGCGGAACAAAAGGUUCCUCUGUCCGCCGGGGGGAGCGGCUCCGCCUCAAGGGCGCCCCCUCCCGCCGGGGCUCCCUCCGCCCCUUGCCCGACGGGACCGGGACCCCCGGGGCCCCUGUCCGGGAACUCCUGCGCCCCGGGACCUGCGUCACGGUUCCGUGUUGUGACUGAUUCUCUGUUGUCUUUGCAGUUGUCGAAGGCUGCGCCCGCUCUGGGGGAUGGGGAGCGGAAACCCAAUGAAGUUAUCAAAUUCCUGGAAGUCUACGAGCGCAGCUUCUGCAGGACUAUUGAGACCCUGGUGGACAUUUUCCAGGAGUACCCUGAUGAGGUGGAGUACAUAUUCAAGCCAUCCUGUGUGCCUCUGAUGAGAUGUGCGGGUUGCUGCGGCGAUGAGGGCCUAGAAUGUGUCCCUGUGGAUGUGUACAACGUCACAAUGGAGAUCAUGAGAAUUAAACCCCAUCAGAGUCAGCACAUAUCACACAUGAGCUUCUUACAGCACAGUAAAUGUGACUGCAGACCAAAGAAAGAUGUCAAAAACAAACAAGAAAAAAAAUCAAAGCGAGGAAGGGGGAAGGGUCAAAAGAGAAAGCGCAAGAAAGGCCGGUACAAACCACUCAGCUUUCACUGUGAGCCUUGCUCAGAGAGGAGAAAGCACUUGUUUGUACAAGAUCCCCAGACCUGUAAAUGUUCCUGCAAAUUCACAGACUCACGUUGCAAGUCGAGGCAGCUUGAGUUAAACGAGCGCACUUGCAGAUGUGAAAAACCUAGACGGUGAGCAGCGGAAAAGAAGGGGAAACAGCCCUGUUUCUGGAGCCUGAUUUCUCACCUGGACAGAAUAAAACAAAACAAAACACUAAUCCAAAUGAACCCUAAAAAUGAAGGAUCGGUAGAGCACAGCACUUUCAGUACGGACGAUGGACUCCGGAAGGAACAUUCCCCAAGGCACCCGCCGCACAGAAUUCACCUUUGGGUUUUGAACUGUUUUAUUUUAUUUUUCUUUUUAUGCUGCUAAAUAACAGAGCCAGGAAGACUUA